ACGAACACUCCAUCCGUGGUAGCGAGACAAGCACAAGCAGCCCCUGGCAGCCCUGACCAUCACAAGCCGUCCCGUCCUGCGCCAGCCAGCCCAGCCAAGCUCAUGGGGAGGGAUGAUCAUGGCACCAUGUCCCACCCUCACUAUGGAGAGUCCCACAGCGACCGUCUGGCCCGCAAGGCAAAAGAUGCCCCCUUCAUGGUAGCGGGGCUGGUUGGGCUGGUGGGUCUGGUUGGGUAUGGUAUCUAUGGGUUCAGGAGCCGCAAGAUAAAGACAUCAGUGUACCUGAUCCACAUGCGUGUAAUGGCCCAGGGCUUCGUGGUGAUGUGCCUGACAGCAGGUGUGGGCUACAACCUCUACAUGCGGCACGUCCAUCCCCGUUUCUACCCUCCCAGCAUAGAAGAGAAGAAGGAAUAGGAUAUCAAAACUCGUUGCAGAAAUGACCAUUAGAAACUGGGGUGUACGCUGCUUUACUUUCGUAGACUUGAUUAAGCUUAUUCUUCAUAGAUGAACUGUACUGGUAUGGAGCUUCUUCACUUCAGGAAUGUAUAUGGAUAUUCCAUAGAAUAAAAGCUUUUAACUGGACGUGGAGGAACUUACCACGUUUUUGCAUCCUGUGUGUGAUACCAUUUAUUGGAAACUGAAGUAUUGGAGUGGCAUAUAUUUAUAAGUCAAAAAUCUAAUUAGUGUUUUCUUGAGCCAGACACUUGUGUAUUGGAUUCACCUGAAUAUUCACUUAACUUAUUAAAGAUGAACCAUUUUAAUAAUUCAAGGCAGUACUUUGGAUUUGAAUUGACAUUUGUAUAAAGUAUGAAAAACUAUCAAGUAUACUUUCAUGAGCUGGAUGGGUGGAGUAAAGUGCGUGCUUGGUGGUGGAAGUUUUGGUGUUGUUGGUUGUUAUCUGAAUGUUUGGUUUGUUGUAAUCUGGAUGUCAUCUGAAUGGUGUUGCUGUGGUUGUUGUCACAUAUGACAUGUUCAGGUGUACAUCUUCCAAAAGGCCAACCAAAAUUUUUAUCCAUGACUCAUUUUUCUCCUUAUUUCUCCUCUGCUGUUUUGUUGUCAUGAACCUCAUAAAUUGGGACACACUAAACAUAUAUAUUAUAUUUAUAUUAUUUUUAUAAUAACAAAUAAUAUAUAACUUAUCAAAGAGAGACUGUGACUGUUGGGAUUAAUUGAUAUUUUUAUAAGGCAAACUACUGGAAAGGUUAAAACCAUAGUAACAAAUUUCAUACUUUCGCUCUUCAAAGUCUGUGCUCUCAGUGGCUCACAUUAUGACAAAGAAGCAAACAUGUAACAUAAAAGAUUCUACACAAAAUAUCAAGAUGACUUUUUAACACCACUUUCAAGACUUUCUCUCCAGAGUAUAUAAACUACUCAAAUAGCAGCAAUCAAGAGCAGAACAGACAAGGCCAUUCCAUUCACAUCUCAAACUACCUACCACAACCACUAUGUCUAUCAAAUAUCAUUCAGCUAUACCUUCCUCCCUCCCUCCCUUCAUUCAACAGGAGAGCCAAUCAUUCUGUGCCAUGUUGCUGGUGCUGUGUUAAUGUUGGCAAGUCAGACAGGUGUUGGAAGCCCUACCAUGACCAAGAUAAGUUGUAUUGGAUUCCAAGUACAUAGUAUUGUGCUGUGCCCUGCUUUCUUGAACUACAUUACCACUUUCCCAUUGCCAAUACUGAUUCUAUUUAUACAAAGAAGUCAUUGCUGAAUCCAUUGCUCCAUAGCAUUGCAAGGCCCAUCAAGGUGAUCAAUUUGGUGACAUAUAUUCUUUGUAAAUAUUUGUGUAAAUAAUUUCCUUGCUUUAAGUUGUCAUAGAAUAUGAUUUUGAUGUGAUGGAUAUUGUACAGAAUUUUACAAAACAUAGCUUCAUUAAAAAUAAGUAAAGCAUUGAAAAUUUACUCACUACAGCUGCAUUUAAGAAUGCCAGCUUUUUUUUCCAAGUGUUUAUUUAAAAAAGAUAUUGGACCAAUCUUAUUUUCAGUUUUGUAUUUCAGGAAUAAGAAUUUCACGUUCUUUAAUAUCCAGGUAGUCUGCUGGUUACCAAGCCUCUGCAUCCCAUUAUUGUAAACAUAUAUACCAUAGGUCCUUGUCUGGAUAUUCUACGUAGGUAUGAGUUUCCUGCUUAUUAUCACCUAGGUAAUGCAUUUAUUUUCUCGUGCCUAUGCCAAAAUUCAGUCCCGAUAUGUGACACAACCUUUCCUUUGAGCACAAGUUUCCCCUUGACUUGGAACAAAGGUCUGACAUGUGACUGUUGCCUCAUCUACAUUUAACUGUGAGGUCCAAGCUUUUAUUUGUGUACAUAAAUUCAAACCAACUGUGGACAGUUUGCCGAUACAAUGUGAUAUGAUGAUGAAUGCCAAAAUAUGAAAUGUGUUGUAAAGCUUUUGAGUAUGGAGUUUGUGACUUUCAUUAGGAAUUAAAAGGCACUGAUUGUU